CAGUUCCUUCCAGCUUCGUUUGAUGUCUAAUACCCUAGUGCUGGAUUUAGAUUCACAUUUCAAUAGGGGAAAUCUCUCAUCAGUUUGAUGGGGGGCUCCGAGUCCCCACCCCUGAUCCUCCUCUUCUUCAGUUUCAUGUGAAUGCGAAUAUGAGCUAAUAUGGGCCACAAACAGAAACUCAAAGGAUCUCGGGCAUGCAGAGAGGUUGGCUAAACUGGAAUCGCUGCCGCACAAGACUUGUUCAUCAUUGUCCAAUGGGAACGCUCACCUCGACACUACAAUAAGGUGAAAUUGACUCUUGGUUUCUGGAAAAAAUAAAACAACCGGCUCAUAGAUGAUCAAAGACCUUUAAAGUUUCAACCACAGUACCACUUUGUAGCUCACUUUGAAGCGAAUGCUGCUGUCAGUGGUGUAGUGUCCUCUCUUCGUGAUGCAAACGACUCCAACCUGCAUAUUCUUCGGAAAAACAGAAUUCGAAUUGUAAUAUUCAACAGGACAGUGUUGCAGAAAUAUAUAUGUAGAAAACAUUCUUAUUUACUUUCCUUUUUGUGAUUGCUGAAGGCUGUAAAGCAGUUCAGAUUUCUUUAUAGAUCAGCGGGAUUAUACAUUAACUAGAGGAGGUCAAAUUUAAUAAAGUGAAGACCGAAAGACGUUUUCUUCAAAUCCGCGGAGACUUUACAGGAUAGAAAAAUGUCAUUUUCUACCUUCAUUGGAGUUCACGUCUCUCUUUUCCUUAUUUUUAUCAUAAAUGGAGUAGGAGAGUGCACCUUGCUACACUAUGCAGACAGCAGGUCAAACCCUCUGUCACUGGAGAAGAAUGUCGGAAGGCUGCCUAAGGAUUUCCAGUGUCAUCAUAUGCUGAAACAUCUGCACAAUGGAGCCAGGAUUACAGUGCAGAUGCCACCUAACAUUGAGGGACACUGGGUCUCUACAAGCUGUGAAGUGAGGUCAGGCCCCGAGUUUAUCACCAGGUCGUACAAGUUCUACAACAACAACACUUUCAAGGCCUACCAGUUUUACUACAGGGACAACCACUGUACCACACCCACCUACACACUGGUGAUCCAGGGGAAGCUGCGUCUCAGACAGGCCUCCUGGAUCAUCCGGGGCGGCACUGAGGCAGACUACCAGCUGCACCGCAUCCAGAUCAUCUGCCACAGCGAGUCAGUGGCCAAAGAGAUGAGCCAGCGGCUGAACCAGAGCUGCAGGGGGGUGGUGGGAGGAGAGGCUUCCUUGGAGCCCAAUGUCAGCUCCGACCUGUGGAACGAGGACAUGGGCUGUGACUGCUCCCGAGCACUCAACUUCGCCAUGCACGAGCUGCAGCUGAUGCGGGUGGAGAAGCAGUACCUGCACCACAACCUGGACCACCUGGUGGAGGAGCUGUUCCUGGGGGAUAUCCACACAGAGCCUGCCCAGAGAAUGUACUACCGGCCCUCCAGCUACCAGGCUGCCCUGCAAAACGCCAAGAACCACGACCACACUUGUAUCGCAUGCCGCAUCAUCUAUCGGUCAGACGAGCACCACCCGCCCAUCCUGCCCCCGAAGGCGGACCUGACCAUCAGGCUGCACGGCCAGUGGGUGAGCCAGCGGUGUGAGGUGCGGCCAGAGGUGCUCUUCCUCACCCGACACUUUGUUUUCCAUGACAAAAACAACACUUGGGAAGGGAACUACUACCAUUACUCCGACCCUGUAUGCAAGCACCCCACCUUCACCAUCUAUGCAAAAGGCCGCUAUAGUCGUGGGGUGCACUCCAACAAGGUCAUGGGAGGGACAGAGUUUGUCUUCAAAGUGAACCACAUGCAAGUGACACCCAUGGAUGUAGCCACUGCCUCCCUCCUCAAUGUUUUUAAUGGCAAUGAGUGUGGAGAGGAGGGCUCUUGGCAGGUUGGGGCGGAGCAGGAUGUGACGCACACCAAUGGCUGUGUGGCACUGGGGAUCCGUCUGCCCCACACUGAGUACGAGCUGUUCCGCAUGGAGCAGGAUGCCCAUGGGCGCUACCUGCUCUAUAAUGGACAGAGACCCAGCGACGGCUCCAGCCCUGAUCGGCCCGAGAAGAGGGCCACCUCUUUCCAGACCCCGCUGUGCCAGUGCUCCUCUACCAGCCAGGGCUCCGAAAGGCGCUCACAUGAGAUCAAUAGGGCCCUCCACAUCAGCAGCAGUUCAGACACAAACUGCCGCGUUCACUGGGGAAUGCUCAGUGUCCUCACCAUGGUCUACCUUCUCCUGUUCUUACGCUAAAGAAGAAAUAAAGAAUAAGGCAGCCUGUUUAAACCCGGUGGCUAUCCAAAAAUUAGGAGACAGAGAUACACCACGGCUGCAUAGCCCCUUUCCUCAAAGGAAGUCUGUUUAUUUACUUGAUGCACAUGAAUGCCUUAGAACUCUUUUUUGGCAGGGGGGGGCUGAGGUGGUGGAGAGGGAGGAAAGACAUUCCUUUGAACUUUUUCUUUAUUUUUUAUUUGAACUCUGUCCAGUCAAGCUUGGACUUGAAACUGCUGCACAACAUUAACUGCACUUUACUGGAGAAGAUGUAUAUCUAUAUUUCCAGCUGGUGUUGGCGGAAGGGGGGCAGCUUAAGCCAGAGAAAAGAAAACAAACAAGACAAAUAUAGUUGAAAUGUCCUGUAUUGUCAUUUUUUUCACUGUAUUGACUUUAGUAUAAUCAGGAAAAAAAAAAUAAAACCCUUGCCUGAUAGUGUCUGAUGAUGCAGAUUUGUCCUGAAGAGCGUGGCGCCAUUGCUGUUUUUUUUUCUCAGUUAAUGUUUGUAGAAGAACUAACUAACCUAAUUCCAGAAACUGAACAAAGAGAAGUACAAGAACCAGGUACAGCAGGUUUUGGGGUGCACAGCAAACAAACUAAAAUCAGAACUUUUCUUUCUGCUCGUAAUCCUUUAUAUUUAAGCAGAUUUGUAUUGUGAAAUUCUUCUGCCACUUCCAUCAUUAUUUUAUUUAUAUAAUUUCAAAGUCUGUUUAAACAACAAUUCAACAGGUGAACCUCUUAUGUGAUCAGUGCCUUUAGUUUUCUGUAAACUAUUGCUUAGUAUUACAACAGCCCCGCUGGAUUCAACUGGCACUUUUGAGAAAGUAUUUUAGAAUUUACCACUGUUUGUGAUUAUGUGUCAGACUUGGUGUAGGAGGCUUUGUAAAAUGUUUGUCUGCAGAACUAGAUCAACUAUACAAAUGAAAUAUUUGGAAAUACAUUUUGAGCCAUCUCAGUGUUCACUUCUUGUCUUUAUUUGGUUUCCAGUGGUGAAGCUGAAGUUUGACAUGUUCCCUUAAAAAAUGAUUCCAAGGAAAACAAUGUAAAAUUCACUGCUAAGGCAAUCCAAAUACACUGGUUUGGAAAUAUAAAACCAAGCUUAGACACUGGUUGUGAUAGUACCAUGUACAGAUCCAGGGGAGCAUGGAACAAUGAUCCAGCUCAAAACCAAACUGCAGGGUAUUGGCAUAAAAAAGUGAUGGAGUAAAACCAGUUUUAACCAGUAUAGCCUAGCUGAGACAUUAUUUUGCAGCGUGUGUAUGGUAUUAAUCCGUUUUAGAUGAGCUGAAAUAUCCAUGCAUGUAACAAAGGCACUUGGUCCAACAACUAAAACACUACGGUGUUCAUGUAUCAAGCAUUUGCAAUGACAUUAAGGCAUAGCUCCGAGUUUACGUCGGCCUUAAAAUUACCCUGUAUAUAUCAUGACACUUUUGGCAAGUUAAGGCCUUGUUAGCACCGCAAAAAUGUGCUCCACUUCUCAUUAGCCAUGGAUUUAAGGCGUGUCAAGCCUAUGCAGGGGCAAAUUGUAAGAACAUAAGAACAUAAGAAAGUUUACAAACGAGAGGAGGCCAUUCGGCCCAU